AACACACUUCCUACAUCUAUGUGGACUCAGUGUCAGAUCACCAGUCAGUAUCUGGUCGCACCAUGUCUGCAGCUGAAUGGAAGAAGAAGUGUGCGGAUGAAUGGAGCCUGCAGGGCGCACCGAUGCCGGACGGCCUGGACUGGAAGUCCGUGUACGAAGCCAAGCCACUGGGGAGAAACUUCCUGAAGAACCCCUCUCCGCACGGUUUGAGCAAGAACAUCCCUCUACCCGAGCCUGAGCUGCCUGAAGUGCCGAGAGGUGGACCUCCACGCUUUCAGCCUGAUGGUGACUUCUGCGGCUGGACCACAAGCGUAGAAGUCCUCCCCUAUGACACCAGCGGCAUCCCACCAGGUGUUGCGAUCUGUGGACUGUCUCAGUUCAGCUGGUUCACCAUGGAGCAGGUCGUGGACCUGAAGGCAGAGGGACUGUGGGACGAGCUGCUGGAUGAGUUUCAGCCUGAAAUAGUCGUCCAAGACUGGUAUGAGGAGAGUCAGCUGGAUGACUCCAUCUAUCAGCUGCACGUCAAGUUACUGGGUGCAGACAAAAGCACAGUGAUCGCAGAGCAUACCGCCAACCCCACCGAGGAUCGCAGCGUUUACUCACACAACUGGAAGGAGGUGUCACACGUGUUCUCUGGUUAUGGACCCGGGGUGAGAUACGUCCACUUUGUGCACCGGCUGAAGAACGUGUUCUUGAAUGACUUCUUCUCCACCGUGUUCGCCGACAGCUCCGUGAUCGUUAAACCGACCAAAAGCAGCUAAAUUCUAAUCUAAUCUGAAUCCUACUGAAAAACACACUCUUUGGAUUUUAAUUAAACAUUACAAAGUGUCUAAUCAUCAAUCUUUUUAAUGCUGAUUGUCAGGGUUGGUUUUUAAUUACAAAAUAACAAUAAUCUGGUUAUGCAGUAAUAAAAAACAAACACAUUUGUCUUA